AGGCUUGUACUGUUACAAUCGUCUGGCCUUCGGCAUUGCGUCCGCACCGGCUCUGUUUCAACGGCGCAUCGAGUCCCUCCUGCAAGGGCUCCCAAGGGUGCAAGUCUACUUGGAUGACAUCGUCAUCGCAGAAAAGAAACACGACACGUCGACACUCCGGCAGGUGCUGCAGCGGCUACGGGAAAACGGCCUGAAGUUAAACCGAGCCAAGUGCCGUAUCCGGGAGAAGCAAGUGUCCUUUUUGGGCCACAGAAUCGAUGCCCAAGGUCUUCAUCCGGAGCGGACCAACCUCGAGGCAGUGACCGAAGCUCCAAGACCGACCUCGAUGGCCACCCUGACUACGCGGGACAGCCUGCUUCGCCAAGUAAAAGCCUGGAUUUACGCCGGAUGGCCGUCGCACCUGCGCCCGGAGCAGCACCAGUUCCUACCGUACUUCAGCCGCAGAUCUACCCCUAUGAAAGAGGGCAAGUCGCCAGCCGAGUUGUUGUUAGGCUUCAGGCCCAGGACAAGGCUAACCGGCUUCUUCUCGAGGGGCGAGGAAGCGCAGCACAGCGUGGUCGAGCCGCAAGCCCCGGCCACGACACCACCGCCAUUUUCGCCAGGAAUGCCGGUCUGGUCACGCCAGUUCCAGCCGAGGCGGAGAUGGCUACCGGGAACUGUGGUCUCCAGUGAGGGUCGGCGCAUGGUCACGCUACGCACACCGGACGGCCAACAGAGACGGCACCUGGACCAGCUGCGACCUCGAGACGCUUCAGGGUCCCCGGAAGGCGCUGACAAGGCACGUCGAGUCACCGGCCGGUCGGAGGUGGGAGCAAGCCCGCCCAGCACCGACGAAAGAGAGGUCGCCACCAACGGCGAUCCCGAGGUGACGCCCACAGCAGACCCGGUUCCUCUCAGGCGCUCUACGCGCCUGCGGAAGCCGCCGGACCGUUUGAACUUAUAG